AGGUUCCUCAUACUACAACUAUUAUUACCAUCAUUCAUUUCUUUUCUUAUUUUACCAUAUACUUUUGACAUUGGAAUUUACUAUAUAGUUUUCACCGUAUAUAAUAUGGUUUUAAUAUAUAUAUCUUAUCAAGCUUAUACCAAAUUUAUCACUCACUUUCUUCAACCUUCCAACCACCUCUUUUCUCUUGGAAAAAAAUAAGACCACCUUGAAGUAGGAAUACUGAAAUAGUGAUGGAAGGUAUUUCAGCGACCAUGUACAAGAACUUGACAGGGUACUGGAGGAGGAGAGGCUACGUGAAGCUAAAUGGUACGAGUGGAGCACGGCGGAGUCGGGUGGAGCUGGGCUCCUCACGGCGGAAGAGGUUCUGGAAGAUCAGGAUCAAGGCAAAGCUGAGAAUAAGAUCGCCGAAGAAGUGGUUGGUUUGGCUACGUGAUGCGUACGUGAAAAUGAUGCUGCGGUUAGCCAACUCCAGGAUGGUUAGCAGUGGGUAUGGAGGUAGCAUAGCGAAUCAAGGAAUCGCUGCCUUUGGGAAGCGUCCGGUUAAAGAGUAUGACGAGAAGGUGAUCGUUGAGAUCUACAAAUCAUUGGUGAUGGCUCAAGGUCAGUUGGUGCCUCGGGAACCAGGGAAGCUUUGCUCUGCCAUCAUCUGUCAACGCUGAAAAUCAGAUUAAGUAAAGGGUUUAUUUUCAAGUAUGUCAGAUUAUUUUUUGCCACAAAACUGUGGUGAAAAUAGCAGUUAUUAGUUCGUGAAAUUACAGAACGCACAUUUCCUAAAGAAAAGCAGAUAAAAUAUGAAAAUUCUUCCUUUAGUUUUAGUUUAUUUUAUUUUAUUUUUUAAUCUCUCCAAAAAUGUUGUUAUUAAGUAAGGCAUAUAAAUUUGUUCAGUUUAGCAAUAA